CCUGGGAUGCCCUCGGCUCCCGGAAACGCGAGGAGCCCGAGGGUUUUCUCGCACCUUAUUAUCAGAAGAUGCUCGUUUUUAUCAGGCGGCGUGACACGCUACUUUGUGUACACGCGGUUUCCCGCGCUGUCGCCGGGAUGCGUAUUGAUCCUAGCUAGUAAUGCACCACUAAAUCUACCAAUGCGGGGCGCGAAGGUGUCAGAGACGAGCUAACGUGUUACUAUUAUGAAAGCCUGACUAGUUGCCCGUCGUAACACACGCAGCAUUCACGCCUGAAGAUGUCAGCUCCGGGGGCCCCUGCGGCUCCCGCUCCGCCGGACCUGAGCCACCUCACCGAGGAGGAGAGGAGCAUCAUCCUGUCGGUCAUGGAGCGGCAGAAGAAAGAGGAGGAGAAAGAGCAGUCCAUGCUGAAGAAGCUGCACCAGCAGUUCGAGAUGUACAAGGACCAGGUGAAGAAGAUCGGGGAGGAGGCUCAGAAGAACCCGGAGCAGAAGGGAGACUCGCCCACCUGUGGGAUCUGCCACAAAACCAAGUUUGCCGAUGGCUGCGGCCACGUCUGUUCUUAUUGCCAAACCAAGUUCUGCGCGCGCUGCGGAGGACGCGUCUCCCUCCGCUCCAACAAAGUGAUGUGGGUAUGCAACCUGUGCCGAAAACAACAAGAAAUCCUCACCAAGUCGGGAGCGUGGUUCUACAGCGGUCCUGAGGGCUCCAGAUCAGGGCCCCAAGCCAAAGUAAGGGGAGGCCGAGCCGGAGCAAACCAGGACCCUCUAAGAAACGGUUCAGGGAUCCCAGGCAGAAACAGAAGCCCAUCAGCAUCCAGGGACCCCAACGCGGCAUAUAACCAAAGGGAGGGGGAAGGAGGACUGCAGUAUGCCCCGGCUGAAGGAGGCAUGCCCCGAUCCCCGUCCGACUACGGACGUGACCCUGGCCAUUCGCCGAGGAGUUCAAGAAUGUACAAUGAGGUGGGCGGUUACCAAGACGGCCGAGGACGCUGGCACUCGCAAGGCCAGCGUUUGGACGGCCAGCUAGAAGACUAUGAGCUCCAGAGACGUCGUGAGGAGGAAUACCAGGCCCGAUACCGCAGCGAUCCCAACCUGGCGCGCUACCCAGUCAAACCCCAGCCCUACGAGGAGCAGAUGCGCAUCCAUGCCCAGGUGUCACGGGCUCGGCACGAGCGGCGCCACAGCGACGUCUCGCUCGCCUACACAGAACUCGACGAGCCUCUGCAUGGGCCCGGUGGGCGGCAGUCGCGCCUCCCUCUGUUGGGAGGCCCAAGUCAGCGCUCGUACUCUAUGGACAGGAGCUCGCCGGGACACCGGAUGUCGAAUCACAGCCCACCGACGCCACACCGCAGCCCCGUGCUGGGCGAGAGCCGGCGAGGCCCGGCGGAGCCAACGAGGAAACCCAUACCCCAACAGCACCACUUGGACCCUAGCUCAGCCAUGCGCAGAAACAAACGGGACAAAAUGGAUAGCAUGCUACGAAACGACUCUCUGAGUUCGGACCAGUCCGAGUCGGUUCGGCCUCCUCCACCUCGACCGCACCGCAGCAAGCGCCUUGGCAAGCUCCGAACCAUGGGCAGCUUCAGCAGCUCAGAAGAGGAGCUGGCAACCACGCCGGAGUACACCAGCUGUGAGGAUGUGGAGCUGGAGAGCGAGUCCAUCAGCGAAAAAGGCAACAUUCAAAGGGGAAAAAGAAAAACAAAUGAGCAGGCAUAUUUUUUGGACGCCAGUUAUGCAGAGAGGCAAAAGACAGUGGUGCGAUUUCGGGAGCGCUCCCGCGACGAAGACGCGGAGUGGUGCGAGCCGCAGGUCAAAGAUUCAGGGGUUGACACGUGCAGUAGCACCACGCUAAACGAGGAGCAUAGCCAUAGCGACAAGCACCCGGUGACAUGGCAACCAUCCAAAGAUGGAGAGCGCCUAAUAGGGCGGAUAGUGCUAAACAAGCGGAUGAAAGAUGGCACGGUACCCAGGGACACAGGGGCACUGCUGGGCCUCAAGGUGGUGGGGGGGAAGAUGACGGAGUCCGGCAGACUUUGUGCUUUCAUUACGAAGGUCAAGAGAGGAAGUCUUGCGGACACCGUCGGCCAUCUCCGACCAGGCGAUCAGGUCCUGGAGUGGAACGGGAGGGUCUUGCAGGGAGCCACGUUCAAGGAAGUUUACAAUAUCAUUCUAGAGUCCAAGCCAGAGCCGCAGGUGGAGCUGGUGGUCUCACGGCCCAUCGGAGAUGUCCCUAGAAUACCAGAGAGCACACAUGGACAGCUUGAAUCAAGUUCAAGUUCCUUUGAAUCCCAAAAGAUGGGCCCGUCCAUCUCUGUCACGUCCCCCAUGAGUCCUGGCAUGCUCCGGGACAAUCCUCAGUAUCUGUCUGGACAACUCUCGAGUCCAUGCCUUAGUAGAAGAACCACGCCUUUUGUCCCUAGGGUCCAGGUCAAGCUCUGGUACGAUAAAGUGGGACAUCAGCUCAUCGUCACUAUCCUGGGCGCCAAAGACCUGCCUUCACGAGAAGACGGGCGACCUAGGAACCCAUACGUCAAGAUCUACUUCCUCCCCGACAGAAGCGAUAAAAGCAAGAGGAGAACGAAAACCGUGAAGAAAUCUCUGGAGCCCAAGUGGAACCAGACGUUCAUGUACUCUCCGGUGCACAGACGUGAGUUCAGAGAGCGCAUGCUGGAGAUCACGCUCUGGGACCAGGCCAGGGUCCGAGAGGAAGAGAGCGAGUUCCUGGGAGAGAUUCUGAUCGAGCUGGAGACGGCGCUGCUGGACGAUCAGCCUCACUGGUACAAGCUCCAAACACAUGACCUGUCCUCCAUGCCGCUGCCCAACCCCUCGCCCUUCAUGCAGAGACGCCUCCCGCACGGAGAGAGCCCCACACGCAGGUUACAGAACAAGGGCCCAUAUUUUUACAACUCAGGGUCACAGAGAAUCAGUGACAGCGAGUUCUCUGAUUACGACUGUGAAGAUGGGAUUGGUGUUAUCUCAGAUUAUCGGCACAAUGGCAGGGAUUUCCAGAGCUCUACUCUGUCUGUUCCUGAGCAGGUGAUGUCUUCCAAUCACUGCUCCCGAUCAGACAUGACCCGCACACGCUCGCGCUCACCCAGCGUCCCUCCACCACAAAGUCGAAGUUUAGACCAUGGUGUGAGAGGAGGACCCUCGCUUUACGGCCCCCGGCAUCGCCUGUCUGAAGACAGAUACUCACCAGAUAGCCAGUAUCUUACCCUCCCUCCUCGAACCAGACACAGACAGCCAAGCAUCGACCCCGCUAUCCAGGACCCCAGGAGGAUGAGGAGAGAUAGACAAAUGUCUGCCUACAGUGACUCGUAUGAAUCUCCUGAGAGAUAUUACAAUGGGCCCAAUCAUGUAUCUACUCCAUGGCCCAAUCAUGUCAUGAAUGGAAAUGGUGGAGACUACAGGUAUAGCCGCAGCAUGGUGGACAGACAUGAGCAUUACAGGUCCAGGUCAGCCGACCAGCGGCCCAUGAUGGAGCGACCGGUCUACACGCGCUCGCGCUCGUCCGAGCGGCCCGACUCCGGCUACAUGAGAUCCAUGCCGUCCUUACCUUCAGGGAGAUCCGCCCCUCCCUCUCCUGCCUUAACGAGGGCAAACAUCCGCUCCGGAUCGGUCCAAACCAGUCCCACCGGCACGCCGUUAUCCAGUCGAAGAGGUCGGCAGCUACCACAGGUCCCACCCAAGGGCUCGAUAGACAGAAAAGAUGGCGAGGGCAUUACUGAGCCUUACGAAGGCACUCUGAAGGACCCAUCAAGGCGUGGGAUGGACAGUCUCUCCAUGCGGUCGUCGGACAGCGAUGUAAGCGACGUGUCCGCUAUGUCGAGCGCAUCUCGGCUCAGCAGCACGAGCUACAUGUCUGUCCAGUCAGAAAGAGUGCGAGCAAGCCGCAGGAUCAGUGAGUUUACGUCUAAAAUGAAACACAGGGCUCAGACGGCCACUCCGGGCUCCAACAUCACCAAGAGCUCCAGUGUCGGUGGAGACAUGUGCUCGCUGGGCAGGAACGACGACGAGGACGACGACAAGAAAAGGCGCUCCAGCUUCGGAGCCAAGAUGGCCGCCAUGGUGGGACUGGGGAAGAAGAGUCAAAGCACCUCGCAGCUGGACCCCGAGGAGGAGGGUAAGAAGAAGAAGCCGGUGCGUCUGGCGAUCCAGCGGAGCGUAGAGACUGGUUUAGCGGUCGAGAUGAAGAGCAGGAUGACGCGGCAGCCCAGCCGAGAGACCACAGAUGACGGUGAAAAGGCGAAACCUGGAAAUCUAAUCUUCCCUGGAGUGAAGAUCUCAUCAGAUAGCCAGUUCACAGAGUUUUUGGAUGGUCUUGGCCCCGCCCAGCUGGCAGGGAGACAGACACUGGCCACGCCCCCAAUGGGUGACAUCCAGAUCGGUAUGGUGCACAGGAAGGAGAGGCUGGAUGUGGAAGUUAUUCGGGCUCGAGGUCUGGUGGGCAAACCAGGGAACAAACAGACGCCAGCUCCUUACGUAAAAGUAUAUCUGCUGGACAACGGGAAGUGCAUCAAUAAAAAGAAAACACGGACGGCGAGAAAAACACUGGAUCCUCUUUAUCAACAGCAGCUUCAGUUCGAGGAGAAUCCCGAGGGGAAGGUUUUACAGAUCAUUGUUUGGGGAGACUACGGACGCAUGGACCACAAAUCCUUCAUGGGAGCGGCCCAGAUCCUGCUGGACGAUUUAGAGCUGACCAACAUGGUGAUCGGCUGGUACAAGCUCUUCCCUCCCACCUCAUUAGUGGACCCGACCUUGGCACCUUUAAGUAGUAAACCUCCAGAUUCAGGCCUGGACAGUUCUAACGUUCGGUCGUAGCGGCACGAGGAGGUGAGCGGUAGAGAGCGGCGUGAGUAGCACCAGCUACAGACAGAGACGGGUCACGUCCUGGUUACACUGCAUGCUUGAUGUUGUGUCCUCUGAGCCCGUGCGACAAGAGGCUAAGAAAAGGCCUGCGUCCUUCUGCCAAAAAAAGAAAAAAAAAAACGAAAAGAAAAGAAAAUGUAUGCUGCUGUCGCACGCAGGGCGAGAACGCCACGGAGGGUCUCUCCGUUCAGCUGAAGAGAUGCAGCCAGGAUUCCGCCGAGCCUGACUCUUAACCACAGGACGUUAAGAGCGCUCAUUUCCACCGGAAAAGGAAGGCGGCGUUUUACUCUGGCUGCUUCCUCUCUGUUGUAUUCAAAGAGAUGUCAGUGUUUCUUACCUACAGUAGAACUUGAAGCAUUGUAGCCAUUACUGUAAGCCAAGCUGUCUAAAGAAGAUCCGAGAAGGGAGAAGCGCUUGGCUAAGAUGGGACCGAAAAGGGAAAGGGUAACCUCACGGGAACGACCCUACAUCAAGCCAGACCUCCAAUGGAUUGAUCUUCAAAGUUCGGUGACGAGGAAGAGGAUAUGGCCAGAGUUCCUGUUCGAUUCAGGAAACAUCAGAAUUCUGGGGGAGGGGGGGAGGAGGAAAAAAGAAAUUAAUUAUUAAUAAAUAAUGGACCUUUUUUUGUGCUCCGGUAUGAUGUUCUCUUCGUUGAUGUACUGUAUGAAAUUUAUGAGAUUAUUUUUUUUCUUUUUUUUUUUUUUUUUUUUUUUUGCAUGGAUGCAGAGUUGUUUUAAAAAAACGGAAGUUUAUUUUCCUCGAGACUUGCAAAAAAAAAAAAAAAAAGAAAAAAAAGAGGAAGAAACUUAUUUAAGGAUGACCAGAUCAGCCAUUUUCAACAAUUUGUAUUAUUUUUAAUAUGAAAUUCUCUAGUGCAUGAUUUUCAAAGGGACUGAAUGCAAAACGAUAACGAUGUGAUUGUCAUCCUUUAGAAUAUUCUUCUGUAUUUUUACAGAUCUCGGUUACAGGUGUGGCCUGAUGAGACUUUGUAUCUCAUGUUAUUAACAGAAAAAAGCAAGGGAUUGUCAAGAAAAACAAUAAAUGUACAAUAUUGAUUUCGAUAUAAAAAAAAACCCGAACAUGACAAUUGUACAUUUCUCUCUUCAAAUGCAGCCAUAAUUCUGUGUUCAUGUGGAGACGGAGCUGUAGAUUUUGGGUCUGUGGAGACUCCGCUGUUCUGUUACAAUAGAAUGGCUCAUUCAUUCAAAGCAAGCAUGUCGAAAAGGGUCUGCAACAUGGAUUGAGCACACCGUCUGAGUAAUACAGCAUGUUUUGAUAGAGACAUCUGGGAAUUUUUCGCAGUUUUGUGUACAGUGCAUGUGGACCAGAGGCUCGGCCGUCCCCCAGAUCUAGCGUCGUCCACGGAUUCAGGUCGGGGUCCAGGUUUUGUGGCCAACGGUUCAGACAUUCAACGCAACAUUCCACCUCUUGGCACUCAUCUUUUCUUGAAAAGAAAAAAAAAAGGAAAAGAAAAAAUCAAAACAGGCAAAAGAAAUCCAAAAAAAUAAAUGAAUACAAGAGGGAAAAAGUUAAGAAAAUUUAUAUUUAUUCAAGUUUGACUUGAAAAAAGGUUGCAAGUAUAUUUUAUUUUAUUAUCGUUCUAAAGAAAAUGUUCUAAAAACGGAUCCCGUUGGAUGGUGCUGUACGAAGUGGACUGGACCGUGUUCAUUCUCGUUGUGUUGUUCAAUGCAGCAGACACUGGUUGAAUGAGGAGCGAGGUCACAGUUUGUGGAGAUGGGAAAAUUGCCACACAAUAUGAAUUUUUAAUUGUUUCUUGUUUUGAGAGAAUAAAAUUCAUUUACUAA